UUUUUCUGAAACAUGAUACAAAACUUCACUUAAGUCACCAGAUAGAGGUCUAAAAAUAUGCAUCUUCAAAGGUGUUGUGAAGAUGUCUUACUGGGUCUGCUGUAACUCCUGCUUCCAUCCUCCCAGUGCUACACACAAACUAGCUGUGACAACAUGUGGUCAUAUCGUCUGUAGUGUCUGCUAUCAGAAAGGCAUCCAAGGCAGGUGUUUAAUAUGCAAUGCCCAAUGCCAGGUAUCUCCUCUCUCUGAGAAAAGCAGCUCUGAGGUGAAGGCCUUGUUCACCGACAUCAACGAUGUUGCAAACAAACAGCUGGCAGAAAUUGGCAAAGUCAUAGUGUUCCAGGCAAGACAUCAAAAGAGACUGCUGAGUCACUACCAGCAAAGGAAUGAGAAACUGGAGGAGCUGGUAGUCAAGGUGAAGCAGGAAAUGCAGCAGAUGGCAAAAAAGCUGAACGAACAGAAUGCCUACAUUGCUAAGUUGGAAAGCUCUUUACAGCAUCACAGUGCCAAAAUUUCAUCGAAGUCUCAUAUGAUCCACACGCCUCAUACUCCACAUCGACCAAAUCCUGUCGUUCAGAUCCCAUAUAACUCUCCCAUGCCCCUCUCGCGGCACUCCUCAUCGACUAACGUUAGUGGUGAUCCCAUGGAGGUGGACGAAAAGAGUCACUUCAAAAAAUCUGUCCCCAGAUUGUCGAUAAUCAGUCCUCCACAAGAUGGACGAAUUGGGACCGUCGCCACAGAACGACGAGUCAUAGCAACGGCUAACCUCUCAGCGUGUUCGACCACACUCAGUCAUUUUCAGGGAGCACCACCAUCGCCGGCCGUACCGUAUGACCCGAGCUCCCGGUGGAAGUCGUCCAUCUUCAAACCUCCCUCCACCUUCAGACACUCCUCUGUUCACCCUCCUCCUUAACAAACGCACAAACUGUGGUGAUUGUUCGUGGGGAACCACACCUGGACGCUGGUGUGUUUCUAAGAGUAUUAAAACAAACAUG